AUGUUGGGGUUGUGAAGGAGGGGCUGGAGGGGGCCGGUCCGCGGCACAGACCGACAGCUGCCGAGCAGAGCGGAGAGAGAGGCAGAGAAGAUGGUGGAUUUGCAAGGAGUGGAACGGACCGCCAGCUUGCAGACGCAUCGUUACUGAAACACUGAAGCCUUUGUUGUGACUAACAGUAUCUCCCAGGAGGGUAGAUGAUGAUUUCCUAGACAACAUCCAAUCAGAGCUAGCCAUGAACCCACAGGAGGCAGAGCUUGGCCAGGAGGUGAGCGAGGACGUGGAGGCGGACCUAGAGAGACUGCAGGCCCCGCCCCCUCAACGCCGUCGCCACGACAACGGCGCCGCCAACAAUGUCCGUUCUCGCCAGCAUAGCAACAAUGCUGCAGAGAACAACAACCACCACCACGCCUCACAGCCCUCAGGACCUCGCUACAGGAGGCAUGAGGGCAGGGGGGGCCCACAGCGCAGGUCAGGAGAGGGGCCAGAUGCGGAGCUGCACCAGGAGGCCCAGCAGCAGCCCAUCCCCAGGCCUGCAGUUACACGCUACCGCAGACAGGGGGACAGCGAGGCACGGCUGCGUGCCCAGCAGCAGAGAUGCCAACAAAGGCAGCAGAGGGAGGAAGAGAGGCAGCAGAGGGAGGCAGAGAGACAGCUGGAGAUGGCGAGGCAGCAAGCCCUGCCUCAGUGCUGCGAGCGAGAGGAGGAUGAGCGAGAGCGUGACGACUCAACGCUCGCCCGGUCCGCCAGCACAGAGAGCGGCUUCCACGCCCACACAGACCGCGCCGAGGGCGAUGAGGAAGACGGGGUCUCUGUGGCAAUGAUGAUGUCACAGGAAGGGCCAGAGGCGGAGGGGGACGACACGUACGGCGUGGCGCUGCGGCCCGAGGCGGAGGGAUACACAGAGAGUGCUGAGGCCGAGCAGCAGCACCACCAGCAUCGCCAGGGAGCUCUGACUCCCUCGCCCCCCCAGCCCCCAUCGCCCCAGCCCCCCUAUGCCCCCCAGCCCCCCCCCCUGCCUCGCCAGCCCCUGUUAGACCUCCAGAGGCCCCGGGACCAGGAAGAGGCGGAGGAGGCCUUGAACCCGGGCGACGUCUAUGCCCCGCCUCUCUACUGUGCUGGGGGCGGGGCUGGGGGGCGGGGCAGUGAGAGCGAAGUGGCGGAGCACGAGGACGAGGCGUUUGACUGCUCACUGUCAGAGCACGUGUAUGAAGAGAUCGGGAACACGCCCCUGGGGGGGGGGCCUGUGGGGGCGGGGCCUGUGGGGGCGGGGCCUGAAACGCUGCUGCAGAAGAGGGCGGGGCUCCGGCUUCCAGAGGGUGGGAGCUUCAGGCAGCGGGAGGCGGUGGGAUCUCGGCUGCAUCACUACGACGAGCGCUCAGACGGAGAGUCCGACAGCCCUGAGAAGGAGGCGGAGUUCGCUCCGUACCCACGGGCCGAUAGCUGUGACCAGGACGAGGAAGGGGACACGGCCGUGACGGCCGGCCGAGAGAGAAGCAGCUCUCAGGAACGAGACGCAGCUGGAGGAGAACCAGACGAAGGAAGGGGAGGGAGGAGAGGAGAGGAGGUUAGAGAGUGGACUGAAUCCAGGCACCUCAACUCCAAACUCACCCCCCCUCCCACAGACGGCGAACAGCUCCCGGUGAAGGCAGCAGGGGAGGGGGAGGAGGGAGCAGGGGAGGGGGGAGCAGGGGAGGAGGGAGGAGAGCUGGCCCAGGCAGGCAGCCCCCAGGAGGAACAGGGCGGGGUGAGGAACAGCAGAGAGCAGCGGGAUGCCAUCUCUCUGGCCAUCAAGGACAUCAAGGAGGCCAUUGAGGAGGUGAAGACCCGGACAGUGCGCUCGCCCUACACACCUGACGAGCCCAGGGAGCCUGUCUGGGUGAUGAGGCAGGACCUGAGCCCCACGGCUGAGAGUGACCUGCAGCCGCCACUAGGGGGCGAUUCCCCGGUCUCGGACACACCCUCCCCCCAGGGGGCGGAGUCAUCCAGCAGGCACCUGUUACAGGAGGACAGCUUCGAGACUCCGCCCACCUCCAACAAGGAAUCCAGGAAAAGUCUGGCCGCCUUCCCAACAUACGUGGAAGUGCCAGGACCAUGUGACCCAGAGGACUUGAUUGAUGGUAUCAUAUUUGCUGCCAACUACCUGGGCUCCACCCAGCUGCUGUCUGACAAGACACCCUCCAAAAACAUACGCAUGAUGCAGGCUCAGGAGGCUGUCAGCCGUAUCAAGAGCGCCCAGAAACAAUCCCAGAGCAAGAAGAAGGCUACAGAAGGAGAGAUGCAGCCCAUGACAGAGGUGGACCUGUUCAUCUCCACUCAGAGGAUCAAGGUGCUGAACGCUGACUCCCAGGACAUCAUGAUGGACCACCCUCUCAGGACCAUCUCCUACAUUGCUGACAUCGGCAACAUUGUGGUUCUGAUGGCCCGCCGCCGCAUGCCCCGCCCCGACGGCCCUGACAGCGCUGAGGAGGCGGAGCCAGCGCAGGAGGAGAAACGGCAGUACAAGAUGAUCUGCCACGUGUUCGAGUCUGACGACGCUCAGCUCAUAGCUCAGUCCAUCGGCCAGGCGUUCAGUGUAGCCUACCAGGAGUUCCUGAGAGCCAACGGGAUCAACCCUGAGGACCUGAGCCAGAAGGAGUACAGUGACCUGCUCAACACCCAGGACAUGUACAACGACGACCUGGUCCACUUCUCCAAAUCUGAGAACUGCAAAGAUGUGUACAUAGAGAAGGCCAAGGGAGAGAUUCUGGGUGUUGUGAUCGUGGAGAGUGGGUGGGGCUCCAUCUUGCCCACCGUCAUCAUUGCCAACAUGAUGCAUGCUGGGCCGGCAGAAAAGUCAGGCCGUCUGAACAUCGGGGACCAGAUCAUGUCCAUCAACGGGACCAGCCUGGUGGGUCUCCCCAUCAACACCUGCCAGAGCAUCGUCAAGGGUCUGAAGAACCAGGCUCGUAUCCAGCUUAACAUCGUCCGCUGUCCCCCGGUGACCACGGUCCUCAUCCGCCGCCCAGACCUCCGCUACCAGCUGGGCUUCAGCGUGCAGAACGGCAUUAUCUGCAGCCUUAUGAGGGGGGGCAUCGCCGAGAGGGGCGGGGUCAGGGUGGGCCACCGCAUCAUUGAGAUAAACAGCCAGAGUGUGGUAGCCACGCCCCACGAGAAGAUCGUCCACAUCCUGUCCAAUGCCGUGGGAGAGAUACACAUGAAGACGAUGCCAGCAGCCAUGUACAGGCUGCUCACUGCCCAGGAGCAACCAGUUUACAUCUGAAUGACCUAACCCUAACCUUUCAACUUUGAGUCCUUGUACAAACCCUCCCAACAGCCCCCCCCUCCCCCCAACAUGCCCCCCUUCUUCAAGCUUACUAUUAGAGACUGGCGCUUCUCAAGCCUUACAAGUUAGCUAACCGUAACCCUGGCCCUAACCCUCAAAGCUGUCCAGCUGUUUUGUACUAUCCAAACAUUGUGUUUUUUUGCAGUGGAGUUUGGCUGCAUCUCCCAUACAUCACUGGGCUGGAUGUUUCUGUCUCUGUAACUCUGUUUCCUCCCCCACAUCCAGAAGAAAGAGUGAGGGUGAAACUCCAGACGAGUGUCCUGUCCUCCUCACCACAUUCCAGCUCUUUAAUUCCUUUACGACACUCGGAGGCGCUGAUGAAAGACAUUCCUGAACUAUGGAGAGUCUGUUGGAAAAGACCGAGAACCUUCCAACUGUCUGUUCUUCCGUCACGUUUUGGUCUGCCCGCUUCUGUCCGGUCCAACAAGCUUUCCUUCAUUUCUCUUCCGUCUGCCAGGCCAGGCCAGGUUAACCCUAACCCAUCCGUCUGCCAGGCCAGGUUAACCCUAACCCAUCCGUCUGCCAGGCCAGGUUAACCCUAACCCAUCCGUCUGAUGGAAGUCCAGAACAUUCCGCUACGCAAACCAAAUGUCUCACAACCUUCCUCUGAGCUCUGUCUUCCCAGAGAAGCAUCUUUUCAAGGAAAAACAUCUAAUCAGAUCUUCUACGUCUUCACGUUCACCUGGAAACACGUCAUCUUGGAAGACAGGCCCUGGUCCCCUGCUAAUCUGAGUCCCAGAUUUCAGGCUCAGGCUGCUGUGUACACUUGGAAUGGCUUUGCGUCUUUGUGUAACAGUACAAAAUGUUGCCUAAUUGUCUUCACUUGAACGCUGCUGGAGGUUAGGCAGGAUGCUCAGCACCAGAAGCUUGAGUAGUUGCAAAGAGAGAAGUACAUUUUGUACAAACAGAAAACUUGUUCAAAAUCACAAAACAGGUCUUAGUCUCUGAUCAGGAAGGUGUAUGUAGACAGGUUGAUUUAGCUACCACCUCUGAAGUGCAAUGUCAAUGUUUUACAUUAUUUUAUAUUUUCAAUGUAGAAAUUAGAUAUUUAUUUAAUAUAGAAUAACUUUUUUGUUUUAAAGAUUUCAUUCAAAUUUGAUUAUUUAUGCCAGAGAACUGUUGAAUCUGUGCACAAAUGGAACACAUUUUCUAUACUUGAAGGAUGGAGAAACUUUAUGUAUUUAACCCUUGUGCUGCCUUCGGGUCACAUGACCCAAAGGUUCAUAACGAACCAUUGUUGUGUUUACAAUACAAAAACAAAUAAAAAUAAUUUUCUUUUAACCUUCGCAAUGUGGGGGGUCUGACACAGCCCAACGGUUAAAAGAAAAUGCUUCACUUUGUUUUUGUAUGCAGUAAAGUUGUCGCAAUACGACGGUGGGUCACAAUGACUGAUGGGUCAGAAUGACCCGAAGAUAACACAAGGGUUAACUGUAUUAUUUUGCAACUGUGAUGGACUGAUGGUACUGAAAAGGCAUAUCAACUCUGAGGUCCCUCAAGGUCCUGACGUAGGAACCAUAGUGAAGUAUGCUUGUCGUUCUAGAAGACUAGACUUCCCUCAUUGCAGAUCUAGAACUGAAUCCGCCGAUGUCACCCUGCUAUGAAUAGAUUGCUGUCUUGUGAGUGCAUGUAACUAAAUCUGCUCGACUUAGAAGAACCUGGAAACUUCCUGUGGAUGGAUGUUGGGUACUUAGAUCCUUCUUGUUACUGCCUUGUAUAGACCACUCAUCCAGGAAGUGAUGAUUUCCACUGUUAUGAUGGUUGGCUAGUACCCCUUAAUGUUGGAAAGUCCGAGGAUUGCCAUACCUGUAAGAAUAUAUAUUCCUCAGUUUAACAGAUGUGAAAUUUUAAUAUUUUAGCAUACAUGUGGUUUUACAAUAUUAAACUGAGAUUGAUGCAUAGGAAAUAGAUGGACAGGUCACAUGACCUACUGACCACCCUAGGGUUCAGUUGUUGUAGAAUCUUCGGAACUUUCUUCCAAGGAUCGUGUGAAAUUGUAAACAAUGCAAUUCAUCCCUAACUGCUGCUGUGCUUGGAGACAUGAAAGUACUUCCUGCUGCAAAUGUCAUAUAGGCUGCCUGCUUUGUCACUAACAUUACUACUUCCUGGAAGCUUCCGCUUUAAGGUUUGUAUACAACCUUUGACCUUGACCACCUAGCUCACAUCCUGCUUACUCAUGUCACUUCCUACUUCAGAAAUUUCUCCAGACCCGUGUUUACAAAAAUAUUGGUGUCUUCAGAGUAGUGUAAGGCUGGAAGGCUGAGGAGGCACUUGUUACUUUGCUGCAUCUUCAUGUCUGUGGUCGCUACGGUUACACUGCCACAAGGUGAACAUGUUGGCCUCUUCCUCUGCCCACCUGUGGGACUCAACAUCUGAUUGUCCAAAUCAUAUCCCAGAAGCUCAUUUUGGCCUUAUUACCAUUACUGUACUUUUUAUUAGCUUAGUGACAUAGAACAUAUUACCUUCUAGCAUUGUUCUUGGGUUAAUGGAGGAGGUGCAGCGGUGUCCUCCCUGCUUCUAGUGUGUGUGGCGUGACCACCUUUACUCCACGUUAAAUACCAAAACCAGCUGGAAACAUUAUAGACAUAAAUAUAUAUGAUAUAUAUAUAGGUAUAUACUUCUAAUGGCUUUUGUGUGUUGAGUUUGGAUUGACCAUAUAAGCAAGCUUUGAUGAAAUAAUGUGGAAAAAUUCAGAUUGUAGGCAAGAUCCCUCAAAGCGAUUCUGAAUUAAUUUAGGAACCAUGUUGACUGUGUAGAACGAUGUUAGCUGUACAGACAUAGUACGUGACAUAGUACGUGAGUCUUUGGCAGGAAGUCUGACGUAGAACUUCUUAGUAUUGGUUGGGAUCAUCAAGGACUGACCACAUGCGACUGGGGAGUUGACUAAGUAGCGUUUAUAAAUGCACUUGUUUUGAAUGUAAUUAAUCUUAACAAAUUGUUUGUCGAUGUGUCUAAUGAUGAUGAAACAAGAAAAAUACACUUUCUGUACAGCAAUGGAAAUGUUAAUUUAUUUGCUAACUUUUUUUCUGUGACGUUACAUUGCUGUGUCAGCACAGGAUUGUUUGUAACAGUAUUUACAACAAUAAACUACUCGCAGAAAGAU